AUGAGCCAUAGUCGACAGCUUGGCGGUUACAUCACACUGCUGCAGGUCGCGGAGUCCACCGCUGAUCAGGACUACGACGAGGUUUCUCCGCGUGCGUGCAGGUGGAUUGCGACGAAGAAGACCGUGAAGAGCAUUCGCACGCCGUCGUACAGGGGAGCGCCUGGACCGACUCCGGAUUCCGGAUGUCUGUUGGAUCCCUUUGGUUACACGCAGACCAUUCCUGCUCCUCCUGUCGAUUCAUGGGUCUUGUAUGAUGAUAUACACGACAGGUGGAUGCACUACGAGGAUCAUAUCGUACCUGCAGGUGAGGUGUGCGUUGUGCCAGGGGCGUGUUCCCGUGACUACAUCGAUUGGUUCUUCCGCAUCUCCCAUCCUUUCAUGACACCAGGCCACGCAUUAGAUCCUCUGCCUCAUGGUCACGCCCCGCAGCCCCGAGUCGUCCCUCAGGCCCCGCAGACGGAUAUCUCUCGCGUGCCGGAGCCAGGAGCAUCGUCGACAUCUGCGGAGGAGCCCAGACAUGCAGUGGAAGUUUGUUAUGACAUUGCUGAGAGGUUGAAGCGCCAUCUAAGUCUAGGGUUGGUCAUGCUUGGCUUAUCGACACAUGAGGUGAUCGAAGAAUGCCUCAGAUUGGCCAGGAGUUCACUAGGAAAAGUGAGUCUAACUUUGGAAGAUUCAAUGAUGAAGCAAUUUUUGAGGAUGUUGAGGACAACUUUGAGUAGUGUGACGAGAAUGAUGGGAGGCCUGAGAUUUUUUUAUGGCAAAGUACAGAAGAAGGAAAAGAGAAAGGGUCUUGAUCUUGUUACCACACUUGAACUUAUUGAGAAGAACUUUGUCAUUAUUGAUCCAAGGUUGGUUGAUAACCCCGUUUUAAGAUGA